CCGGGCCAAGCUGUCCGCGACGUGGAAGUUUAAGUUAGUAGACGAAAGUGAGAAACAGGAAAGAAAAGAAAGGGGAAAGGAGCGCCAAAUUUCAAGGGCCACCACGGGUUUUUUAAAAACCCUAGCUAGCAGCUGCGCUCAGACGGUUGGAAACUGAGAAGAAGAAAUGGAGUUUUCUCAGUCCGACUUCGAUCGCCUAUUAGUCGCCGAACACACUCGAAAAACCUCUGAACUUAACUACGCCAAGGACCCUCUUGACGCGGAGAAUUUAACCAAAUGGGGAGGAGCAUUGCUCGAAUUAGCUCAAUUUCAGACUGUUUCCGAAGCAAAGAAGAUUAUAAAUGAUGCAAUUUCGAAAUUGGAUGAGGCUUUGAUGAUAAGUCCCUCCAAGCAUGAAACUUUGUGGUGCAUGGGAAAUGCUUACUCCACUUCCGCAUUUAUGACUACCAAUCUUGAUGAGGCAAAGGUUUCCUUUGAUAAGGCAGCUCAGUUUUUCCAAAGAGCAGUGGAUGCGGAUCCGGGCAAUGAGCUAUAUCAAAAGUCUUUAGAAGUUGCAGCUAAGGCUCCAGAGCUGCAUAUGGAGUUCCAGAAGGCUGCAGCUGGUCAACAGACUAUGGCUGGGUCACCUUCUGCUUCUUCAACUGCAAAUGCUGUGAAGAAGAAGAAGAGCAGUGAUUUAAAGUAUGACAUAUUUGGAUGGAUAAUCCUUGCUGUUGGAAUUGUUGCAUGGGUGGGAAUGGCGAAAUCCCAUGUUCCUCCACCUCCUCCAAGAUAAAAUGCUUGCUUCAAUAAUUCUUGAGGAGCAUUGGAAGGGUUAUGAACCAUGUCCUUUGAAGCCCUUGGGGUAUCUGAAUGCCGACAUUUUGAAUGAACUUUGCUAAUUAUUCAUGUAGGUUACAGGCUUUCUAUGAUGUGCAGGCUAAAUGUCUACAGCUGUUUCUAGUUUUAUUUGAGCGUUGAUGUUGUCAUUGGUACAAAGAGGGAUUUGACUUGUCCAGCUAUGAUGUUGGUUUGGCCAUCAGCAGGUUCUAAGGUUCUGACCUGUGACGCCCUCUAAAUUUGGGAGGUGGUUGUUUAUUGUGUUGUUAGUAUGUGCAACUUGGGUCUAAUUAAAGAAGUUUUCAGUUGGAUAUAGAGUUUAUCCUUUGCUAAAUUUGGUCCCCACCACUUUCUCCUGGCCAAUUUGUGCUGUACACCUUGCUAUUAGAGGAAACAAAUCUUACCAGGCAAAUUUGUGGGAGUGGCUUGAUGUGUGGAAGUUGGGAGGUACCAUGAUAAUAUUAAAGUAGUAAAAGCUAACAAAGCAUUCCACUUUGUUUAGCGUCCCA